CAGCUGGCUGGCUGAGCCGAGACGGCAGGCCAGACCAGAGCCAGGCCAGAGCAGCUCCGCCAGUCAAGUCAAGUCAAGUCGUGAAGCCUUGAAACCUCGAACUUUGAAGGUCACCGCUGCAGUUCCAAUUGCGGAUAUCGCCGCCGCUGCGCUUUGCUCUUUUUGAUCGUGAUUGUGAUGGAUCCUAAAGUCAGGGAGUGGCUGGAGGACGCAGAACUUCCGGAGCUUGUCGACGUUUUUGAACGUGAAAAGUUGACUACGUUUCGGAGGGUUCUGUCUCUUGGAGGAGAACAUCUCAAAGAACUCAUCCCACAGAUAGGCCUCAGAGCCGAUCUAAGUCGAUGUUUAGAGAAACUCAGACAGUCUGAUAAAGUGGCUUCUCCUUUGAGUCCGAGCCAGUCGCAGCCUCACUUACUUUGUGCUGAUUUAUCUGAGCAUUCUGAUGAAGGCUACAAUUCACCUCAAAUCAAGAAAAGUGCUGCUGUGUCCGAGGAACAAACAACAUUGAGCCAGACUACGCCCAAAUCCGAUAAGCAGAGUAGCAGGAAGCGCAAGCAAGAAACUCAUGACGAGUCUCCUCCUCCCAAACACAUCUUAACUGCCAAAGCACUCGAGAACUUGCGUUCUCAGGACUUCCGUGGUGUUAUCAAGGGCAACAUUGUCACAGAAAAUGUGCUGCUGAAAUACGAGGAGAAGGGAACUCUGGUUGAUUAUGAUCGGGGAUUAAUUGUAGACCGAGCAGUGCAACAUCUCCUCCAAAUCAAUCCAAAACCUGGACUACAGGAACAAUUACUUCUUUCCGAGAAGAUUUGUGAAGUGUUCAAGUACGAGGAAGUAGACACUUACUUUGUCCCACCCAAUGAAGUUAAUAAGAAUCCGUCUGGAAAGGUUGCAAACAAGGUGAAAAACUUUAAAUUUACUCUGAGGAAGAGAGGGAAUGGUGUUGCAGUAAAAUUCAACUUCAAGGCCCAUGCAAACAACAGCGAACUGACAAAACCCGCAGAGCUUGAAGGAUCAUGUGAUUUAGAAGAUGAGACCAUAACAGCAUCUAUGAUUUCAUUAAAACAUCAAAAUACUGACUCCUGGCCAGAACUUCUGAAACAUUGGGCUGCCACACAUCGUAUUCGUCGCAUGCAACUCUUUGAGAAGAUUGAAGAGUUGAAUUCUGAGCCCCGAUACCUAGAAGUAGACGAAUACUUUGAGAAGUAUCCAAUCCUCACAGCAUCAAAUGGAUACAUGCUUUUGUGCCAAGACUUUGCUGAGCUUUUUCCUGGCAGAGAGAACUGUCUCCUUGCCUUAUGGGAAAACCAUCGAUCUGUAAUUAUUUCUUUGCUUGAAGAAGAAACCCCCAGUCAUGACAAGAUCACACUUGAAUUACUCAACGCAGCAAAGGCAGUAGAAGGAGAUAAACAAGAUGCUUUAUUGCUGGCUUUGCUGCCAAACCUUUGUAUGAAGAAGGGACGAGGCAAUACUUCUAAGAAAAUUCCUCCAAUUCCCGCUGUCAGAAAAUCUUUUUUGCUGCAUGUGAAGGUGCCAGGUGACAUUGCACGUGAAGUUCGCAACUACUGUUCUUCACUGAAGGAACAAAAUCUUAGGUUCCAACCUAUUUUGAUUGCGGUUGGUGCGACUUACUCUGAUAUAUCUGCCUGGUAUGUUCAGAUUGAAGAAACUCGCUACUUAUUCAAGACCGCACUGGCAGCACUUGACACCUGCUUGAAAGCUUUUUUUGCCUUGGAUAUUGGAUAUCCGUCAACCUCCUAUGGAAUAUGGCUCUUCAUUCAACAAUACUUCUUCAAGAUUUGUCUUCAAAAAGAUGAGAUCCAUCCAAGGGUGACUUCUGUGAUCAGCACUCUGAGAAGCAUGAUGGUCUGCAAAAAGUAAUGUUUUAGCUUCUAAGUUUUAGACCUUGUGAAACAGCUUAAU